CUGACCGAUAGAGUGAUAUCACAUCUCGGGAUCGACGUUGAAUAAGUUCCCGUUUUGGGCCUCAUCGAGAUCGUUUUCACAUUUCACAUUUCGGCUUUUUUAAGUCUUAUCGCCCCGACAGCAACCAACUCGUUUGUUUGUGCUCUUCCAAGUUUGGAAAUCAGAAUAAAUAACAACGGUCAUACCUCUCACUCAACACGCCCAAAACAUCACCACAAAAACACUCACAACACACAACACACUCACACAAGAUGGCUGCUCCGCAAGUAAAGAGCUCCUCCGAGCUCACCAUGGCCGUUCUCGGCUGCGGAACAAUGGGCAUCUCCAUCCUCUCCGGCAUCCUCACCUCCCUCACCACCCUCGCCGCCUCCCCCUCUCCGCCGCCCACCAACCCCCCCGCCCUGCCUCGGCACUUCAUCGCAACCGUGCGCUCCCCCUCCUCUAUCCACAAAGUCGAAUCCGCGCUCUCCCCCCUCGUCAAGCCCUCCGUGUCCACCCUCCGCGUCCUCCCGUCAACCUCCAACGUCUCCGCCGUGGCCGAAGCAGACAUCAUCCUUUUGGGGUGCAAACCGUACAUGGUCUCCGGCCUUCUCUCCGCCCCCGGCAUGAAGGAUGCCCUCACCGUAAACCACACCUCCGGCCACGCGCGCAAGCAAAAGAUUAUCAUUAGUAUCUGCGCCGGCGUUACGGUUCCUCAGCUGGAACAGAUUUUGCGCGAGGACGUCGGUCUACCGGCGGACGAUUUACCCAUCGUCGUCCGCGCGAUGCCCAACACCGCUUCUAAAAUCCGCGAGUCGAUGACAGUGAUCAACACCGUCGACCCCCCUCUCCCGGAUAGCGUCACCGAGCUGCUCACCUGGAUCUUUGAAAGAAUCGGCGAGGUGGUCUAUUUGCCUCCUAACCUGAUGGACGCCUGCACCAGUCUGUGUGCCAGCGGCACGGCGUUUUUUGCGCUGAUGAUGGAGGCGGCGGCGGAUGGAGGCGUGGCGAUGGGGUUGCCGAGGGCGGAGGCGACGAGGAUGGCGGCGCAGACGAUGAGGGGUGCGGCGGGCUUGGUGCUGGAGGGAGAGCAUCCGGCGAUUUUGAGGGAGAAGGUUAGUACACCGGGCGGGUGCACGAUUGGGGGGUUGUUGGUGUUGGAGGAAGGCGGGGUUAGGGGAGCCGUGGCGAGGGCGGUUAGGGAGGCGACUGUUGUUGCGAGCUUGUUGGGGGGAGGGGGGGCGAAGAAUGUUAAUGGGACUAGGCAUUAGAUCUGGGAUUGAGGGGUGGGGUGUAGGAGAUAAAGAGUGAGGUGUCUGCCAGGAGGGAGGUUCGGAUGAAGUUGUUAUUCAGGGCUGUUUAGACGGUUCUGGUCACAAAAGCCUACCUCUAGACGAGGAAGCUAAAAAGUCUCGAAACCGAAACACUAAAGGCGGACAGACGGGUGGUAGUGAACAGCACAUCAUAGAGGUUCAUGCCAAUGUUUCCCCCAAACCCUUCAAAAAGAAUGGGUUGAGGUGGUCAAAGAUAGAUAGAUAACGU